AUGAAAGUCCCUUACGUGGUUAAUAUGAAUAUCUACGAGGCCUAUGCCCCACUACCGACAAUGACGAUGUCACCUGCAGAGGCUCCUCGGAAGAUCAGAGCUGAGGACUUUGAAUGGGACACCAACAUGACACCUGCUCCACUCACAUAUUACGCAGCUCUCCAACUAUCAAGAAUGUUCCACAUCAUCAAUCCACUGGAAAAAAUUCUUCAGAAAGACAUCGAUAUGUUGAUGGACUUAUACCCUGAUGAUAUUCUACUGAAGUACACCGUCCCCUACAUCAAGGAUGAACAAUAUUGGAAACGAUCAUUCGUUACUAAAUUCCCUACAAAACGGGAGUUGGGUGACAUUUUCUGGAAAGGAACUUACUUGUCUGCUUAUCUUCAAGAAUAUUUGGAAUCUGUUAACCCUGAUGUUUUUAGGGAAGAUGAAGCUGUAGAGCUUGCUGGAUUGGUCAGUCCAUAUAUUUACUUUUUUGGACUAAACCAGCUGCAAAUGGUACGUCAACCAAAACCCCCCCUACCUUCCGAUUUAGUAGAAGACACGUGCGAAUUCAGUGUUCCAAAAGUCUAUGAUCACAUUCCCCUGGAGCCAGUUUUAGCUAAACUAUACAACCUCCAAGAAAUAUCUCUAGUAUUUGGUAUAAAUAAUUUAGAAGAUAGAUACCAGACGAGAUAUUUCGAAUUUUCAAUGGCUGAUUGUGAUUCCAUUUGCCGUGGUUUAGAAGAUUUGAGACAUUUGAGAAUAUUUCGCAUCAACCGAAGCAACCUAGAUUGCUCUAAAGUCAAACUGAUUCUCCAACACCUUGUCAAAAAGGCGAGCAUCGAAGAAUUGGAUUUUAAUCACUGUAAAAUUGGUGAUUACGGGAUGAAAGCGCUUGGUGGUUUUAUUUUUAUUCAUGAAAAUGUCAAGGUGGUGAGAAUAGCUAACAACAGAUUUAAAGAAGAAGGCAUCCAAGGAAUCGCCUAUGCCUUGCAGAUGAAACCAGCAGCGCCAAUAGAACUUUUAGACUUUAGCUUGAACCCGAUGUCUCUAGAAUGUGCGACUAUGUUCGCGGCAGCAUUUGUCAGGUGCAAGGAAAAACCGCAAACUUUGAUCGUUAACUCUUGUGGUUUUAGCGGAGCGUCUGCAGAGAAGAUGGCGGGGCUCCUCAGCUUGAAUCGUGGUCUCACUAGACUAGAUAUGGCCGCCAAUGAUUUGUCAGGUGAUGCCGAAAAGACUUUAAUUCGAGCCCUUGAAAGGAAUAAAAAGAUUCUUAAAUUAGACCUACGAAGAACUAAGAUUUCUGAAGAAUCACUAGCGAAGGUAAAGGAACUUUUGAAACGCAACAAGAAUCUUGUAGGACAAGAGUUGGAGCCCAGUGAUGAUAUACCUCCCCUGUAUCUUAACGAACCCGAGUACCUUAUCUGGGAGUACAACCCUAACAAUCCUGAUCAUAUACCGGGAAGAUAUCCGCCACGAGUGCCGGAAGUAUAG